AUGGCCCGAACUCCAGUGGAUGCCAAAAGCCCUCCUGGAUUUUUCCAUGACCCCAGGGAAGGAGAGCCUCCACUCAAGGCCUCAGUGAUGCUCAAGAGUGGAUUUCCCUACACUCCUACAGGGCAAGGGCUGGGUGGACAGGAAAGCUUGUACCUCUCCCGCUCAGCCGUGCAGGUUGAAUUGACCAAAGCUGUGGUUAUGGAGAAGCCUAGUCUCCUGCUGGUCAGGUGGGAAUCUGUGGAACAGUAUUACACACUGCUGAACCAGGCCGCAGACAUGCGACACAGAUUUUAUGGAAAGAACUCUUCUUAUGUCCAUGGGGGAUUGGAUUCAAAUGGAAAGCCAGCAGAUGCGGUCUACGGACAGAAAGAAAUCCAUAGGAAAGUGAUGUCACAAAACUUCACGAAUUGCCACACUAAGAUCCGUCAUGUCGAUACUCAUGCCACUCUGAAUGACGGUGUGGUGGUCCAGGUGAUGGGCUUGCUCUCUAAUAACAACCAGGCUUUGAGGACAUUCAAGACCUUUGUCCUUGCUUCUGAGGGCCCUGCUGCAAACAAGUUUUAUGUUCACGAUGAUAUCUUCAGAUACCAAGAUGAGGUCUUUGGUGGCUUUGUCACUGAGCCUCAGGAAGAAUCUGAAGAAGAAGCAGAGGAACCUGAAGAAAGACAGCAGACACCUGAGGUGGUACCUGAUGAUUCUGGAACUUUCUAUGAUCAAACUGUCAGCAAUGACUUAGAAGAACAUUUAGAAGAACCUGUUGCUGAACCAGAGCCUGAUCCUGAACCAGAACCGGAGCAAGAACCUGCGUCUGUAGUCCAAGAGGAAAUGUCUGAGCCAGUAUUGGAAGAAACUGCUCCUGAGGAUGCUCAGAAGAGUUCUUCUCCAGCGCCUGCAGACAUAGCCCAGACAGUGCAAGAGGACUUGAGAACCUUUUCUUGGGCCACUCCUCGUCCAGAGUCUAAGCCUGAAUCUCAGAUUCCACCGAAGAGGCCUCAGAGGGAUCAAAGGAUGCGAGAACAGCGAAUAAAUGUUCUUCCCCAGAGGGGACCUGGAGCAGUCCGUGAGGCUGGUGAGCAAGGUGAUGCUGAACCCCGAGGAAUCGUGAGACACCCUGACAGUCACCAGCUCUUUAUUGGCAACCUGCCUCAUGAGGUGGAAAAAUUAGAGCUUAAAGAUGUUUUUCAAAAUUAUGGGAAUGUGGUGGAGCUGCGUAUUAACAGCGGUGGGAAAUUACCCAAUUUGGGGUUCGUUGUGUUUGAUGAUUCUGAGCCUUUUCAGAAGGUGCUUCACAACAGGCCCAUCAUGUUCAGAGGUGAGGUCCGCCUGAAUGUGGGAGAAAAGAAGACUCGAGCCGCCCGGGAAGGGGACCACUGA